AUGGAGUGCGGCAAAAUUAUAUCUUUGGUGAAACAAUGGGCACCAAAAAUAUGGCUAGAUCCUGAAGAAGAGUUUUUUCCCAUAGAUGUUGAUAGUUUUUUAAAAGAAAUCAUUACUUUUGAGAAAAAAGGAAACACAUUUGUAGAAGAUGACAGAUUUAAACUUCCAACUGGUCCUUAUUCCAAAAACUAUUACUUAAUUACCAACAGAAAUAGAGAUGACUUACUGAAGGAUCCUCAUUCAUUUCUACAUGGUGUUAACCCAUCUCAUAAAAUUGUAUCAAUUUAUGCUCAUGUAAAAAAAUGUGAUAAUAAUUAUAAUAAUUUCAUUGUAACUUACUGGUUCUUUUACCCAUUUAAUGAAGGGAAAAAGAUUUGCACAGUAGGAAAUCAAAGACCUGUACCAGUACCUAAAUUAUUCAACAGGUGUGUCGGCAAACUGAGAUAUUUUGGAAAUCAUGUAGGAGACUGGGAGCGAGUGUCUGUGGAAAUAAAGGAUGGAAGACCAACUUUUUUGUUUCUGUCGGUCCACAAUGCAGGAGUGGUCUACAGCUAUGACUCAGCUACCAAUAGUUUUGUAUUCUCCAAGGCCAUGUCCAAGGGCCUAGGCCAGGCUCAAUCUCCCCCAGAGACAGUGCAGCUGGAUGAUCAUGGACAUCCUAUCUUGUUCUCGGCCAAAGGAUCUCACGCUCUAUGGGCUGGAGUAGGAAAACACCAAUACACCAAGUUGAGGCUGAGAGAGUUGUCGGAUACCGUAGACUAUGGUACUGCAUGGGAAACUUGGCACUCGGUGCAGGUGUUCUACUCUGAUGAGACGACCCCUGAGUGGUACAACUACCAAGGUCGCUGGGGCAAUCCUGGCUCUGACUGUCUAGGGAACUUCCUUUGUCAGUUUACUGAUGGCCCCCCAGGAUUGAUCACUAGGAAACAUGACUUUAGAUGCCCACCAAAGGUGUCUUAA